UGUGAUUCAAAAUGCGGAACUGGAAACCGUCAUCGGGAAGUUCUAUGCAUCAAAGAGCUGCCCGGAAUCGUUCACGCUGUGGUUGGUGAAGAAAACUGCGAGGGAUCAGAGAAACCGGCAGUGACAGAGCCUUGCCAGGGGCCUCCAUGUGUACCUGAGUGGUACAUGACGUCAUGGACUCAGUGCUCCCAAAGCUGUGGCACAGGCUACCGUUCUCGAGAAGUCAAAUGUUUAGAUUCUGAGCAGAAACUUCAAGAAGACUGUCCACUCAACACAAAACCCAAAACACGGGAUGCUUGCAAUAUACACAGCUGUGACGAUGUUGAGGAGAAAACCAUUGAGGAGGACCCUAGUUGCACUGACAAAUUUGCCCAGUGUAAGGUUGUCAAGAGGGCUCGCUUGUGCCGCUAUGACUACUACAAAACUGUGUGCUGUAAAUCUUGUGCUGCCGAAACAUGA